UCAGACUCCAGAAGAUGAAGAAGGAGGAGGAAGAGGAUGACGGAGUAUCCAGCUGUGUGUCUAUGAAGAGUGACCGGUCUAAAGAUGAUGUUCCAGACUUCAGUAAUGAACCUGGACCCUCAGACACAAAUGUUACUGGUUUACCUCUCAGACUCCAGAAGAUGACGGAAGAAGAUGAAGAGGAGGAUGGAGUCUGUAAUAUCCAGCUGUGUGUCUAUGAAGAGUGACCAGUCUAAAGAGCAUCCUCUAAUCUUCAGUAAUGAACCUGGACCCUCAGACACAAAAACAGAAACCUCAUUUACCAGCGUUAACAAACCAAUCAAAACAUGUGAAGACACCAGAUUUCACUGAACCCCAGCAAACAGAGAGCCAAGAUGACAGAGGCGGACCUCCUUAAACUUCUGGAAGAUUUAACAGAUGAAGAUUUUGAGACGUUUGUGUGGUACCUGAAGUAUGAAAAGGUGGACGACAUCCCACCCAUCAAAAGGAGCAAGCUGGAGGAGACAAAGAGGCGAGAUGUUGUAGAUCUGAUGGUGCAGAAAUAUGAAUUUUCUGGAGCUGUGGAGGUGAUGAAGACCAUUUUAAAGAAGAUCAACAGGAAUGAUCUGGUGAAGAAAUUGUCAAACAUCAGCUCAGGAUCAGAAGUAGAUGGUGAUCUGCAGGAGGGUUUAUGUAUAUGUAAGAUCAAUCUGACGAGGAGAUGUCAAAAUGUGACUGAAACAAGUGAUGAACCAGGAGGUGAAACACACUUCAACGAUAUCUUCACUGAGGUCUACAUCACAGAGGGAAGGAGUAAUGAGCUUAAUACUCAACAUGAGGUGUGGCAGCUUGAGACAGCUUCCAAGAUGAAGACCCUCCAUGACACUCCAAUCAAGUGCCACGACAUCUUUAAAGCCUUACCCAACCAAAAGAAAUACAUCAUCAGAGUUGUUCUGACAAACGGCGUCGCUGGCGUUGGAAAAACCUUCUCAGUGCAGAAGUUCACUCUGGACUGGGCAGUGGGCUCCGAAAACCAACAUAUCAGUCUGCUGAUCCUGCUUCCAUUCAGAGAGCUGAACUCGAUCAAAGAUGAGCAGUACAAUCUGAUCAUGCUGAUCCAGGAAUGCCAUCCAACAUUACAGCUCACAGCAGAGAAGCUCGCUCUCUGUAAAGUUCUGUUCAUCUUUGACGGCCUGGAUGAAAGCAGACUUUCACUGGAUUUCGACACCAGGAAAGUCGUGACUGAUGUAACACAGAAGACAUCAGUAAGUGUGCUGUUGACGAACCUCAUCCAGGGGAACCUGCUUCCCUUGGCUCUUAUCUGGAUAACUUCCCGACCUGCAGCAGCCAAUCAGAUCCCUCCCUCUUUUGUGGACAGGGUAACAGAAGUACGAGGCUUCACUGAUGACCAGAAGGAGGAGUACUUCAGGAAGAGAUUCAGUGAUGAAGAGCAGUCCAGUAAAAUCAUCUCACACAUCAAGACAUCCAGGAGCCUCCACAUCAUGUGUCACAUCCCAGUCUUCUGCUGGAUCACUGCUACAAGUCUGGAGGAAAUGUUGACUUCAGACCAGAGAGAAGAGCUGCCCAAGACCCUGACUGAUAUGUACUCACUCUUCCUACUGAUUCAGACAAUGAGGAAGAAGAACAAGAAUGAUGAGGGACAUGACACAAGUCCAGAGGAGUUGACGGAGGCUGACAGCGAAGUUCUUCUGAAGCUGGGGAGGUUGGCGUUUGAACAACUGAUGAAAGGAAACAUCAUGUUCUACCAAGAAGACCUGAAGCAGUGUGGUCUUGAUGUCACAGAGGCUGCAGUGUUAUCAGGAUUUUGUACACAGAUCUUCAAAAGAGAGAAACUCAAGAAGAAAGCAGUCUACAGCUUUGUUCAUCUGAGCGUUCAGGAGUUUCUGGCUGCAGUCUACAUGUACCACUGUUACACCAACAGGAAGACAAAGGUACUGAAGGACUUCCUGGGAGAAGACUACAGUGACUCAACUCUGGAUGACUUCCUGAACAGAGCCGUGGAGAAAUCUCUCCAAAGUAAAAAUGGCCACCUGGACCUGUUUGUCCGCUUCCUUCAUGGCCUCUCUCUGGAGUCCAACCAGAGUGUCUUAGAAGGCCUGCUGGGUCAGACAGAGAACAGUCCAGAAACCAUCCAGAUAGUCAUCAACAACCUGAAAAAGAUGAACAAUGAGCUUAUCUCUCCUGACAGAAGCAUCAACAUCUUCCACUGUCUGAUGGAGAUGAACGACGGCUCAGUACAUCAGGAGAUCCAAGAGUUCCUGAAGUCAGAGAGCAGAUCAGAGAAGGAACUCUCUGUGAUCCACUGCUCAGCUCUGGCCUACAUGCUGCAGAUGUCAGAGGAGGUUCUGGAUGAGUUGGACCUGGAGAAGUACAACACAUCACGGGAGGGACGACGGAGACUGAUCCCAGCUGUGAGGAACUGCAGAAAGGCUCGACUUUCUCGCUGUUAUCUCUCAAAGACUCACUAUGAAGUUGUGGCCUCAGCUCUGAAGGCCAACCCCUCCCAUCUGACAGAUCUGGACCUGAGCUACAACAUCUUGAAUGAUUCAGCAGUGAAGCUUGUGUGUGCUGGACUGGAGAGUCCAAACUGUAAACUGGAGACUCUGAGAUUGUGUGGCUGCAGUUUGUCAAAGAACAGCUGUGCUUCUCUGGCCUCAGCUCUGAAGGCCAAACCCUCCCAUCUGAGAGUGCUGGAUCUGAGUAACAACAAGCUGCAGGAUUCAGACGUGAAGCUACUGUCUGAUCUUAAGGAGAGUCCAGACUGCAGUCUGGAGACUUUGAUAUUGGAGGACUGCAGUUCAUCAGAGACCAGCUGUGCUCCUUUGGUCUCAGCUCUGAAGGCCAACCCCUCCCAUGUGAGAGAUCUGGAUCUGAGAUACAACAAGCUGCAGGAUUCAGACGUGGAGCUACUGUGUAGUUUUCUGAAGAGUCCCGACUGCAUACUGGAGAGUCUGAGAUUGUAUCGUUGCGGUUUGUCAGAGAUCAGCUGUGCUUCUCUGGUCUCAGCUCUGAAGUACAACCCCUCCCAUCUGAGAGAGCUGGAUCUGGGUCACAACAAGCUGCAGGAUUCAGACGUGGAGCUGCUGUGUGAUUUGCUGAAGAGUCUAGACUGUAGACUGGAGAGACUGAGAUUGAGGAGCUGCAGUUUGUCAGAGACCAGCUGUGUUUCUCUGGUCUCAGCUCUGAAGUGCAACCCCUCCCAUCUGAGAGAGCUGGAUCUGAGCUACAACAAGCUGCAGGACUCAGAUUUGGAGCUGCUGUCUGAUCUUUUGAAAAGUCCAGACUGUAGACUGAAAAAACUGCUAUUGUAUGACUGCAGUUUGUCAGAGACCAGCUUUGCUUCUCUGGUGUCAGCUCUGAAGUGCAACCCCUCCCAUCUGAGAUGGCUGACUCUGAGCUACAACAAGCUGCAGGAUUCAGACGUGGAGCUUCUGUGUGAUUUUCUGAAGCGUCUAGACUGUAGACUGGAGACUCUGAGAUUGGUUGGCUGCAGUUUAUCAAAGAUCAGCUGUGCUUCUCUGGCUGCAGCUCUGAAGUGCAACCCCUCCCAUCUGAGAGAGCUGGAGCUGAGUGGAAACAACCUGAAGGAUUUAGAUGUGAAGCUGCUGUCGGAUCUUAAGAAGAGUCCAUGCUGCAGACUGGAGUUUCUGAGCUGGUGAUGAUCUCUGUCAGAGUGAGAGUGAACAUCCAGGAGUGUUGAGAGAGGAUCAGCUGGAUCCUGAUGAUCCAUCUGGAGUCUGGAUCUGGAUUUUGUCAUCUUCACUUAAGUCUCUUAACUGACUACAAACUGAACAUUCAUAUCUGGAUUUUGCUUAAGUCAGCAAUUUACAGAUUUGUUCUACAUGAGCAGGUGUUAUAAGUCAGACUGUGAGCCUGGGCUCAUAUUUAUCAACCGUCAUCUGACUUAUCUGGUUGAAAUUGCUGGUUUCACAGCCUGUAAUAAUGCUGCAUCUUGUGAAUAUUGUACAGACACAU